GUUCUCUCGAUACAAGGUCACAAUUCGUUCUCAAUUCUCUGUGUUUAGAUUUCGUUUACAUGUAGGUCAUUCGAGAAUUACACCCACCACCGCAGUAUACUAAAAAAAUACAAGCUUCAAUAUUUCUGUACACCCUCAAAAGAAACUAGGGAAGAAGAAUGAAUACUUGUGGCUAGGGGUACAAAUCACAAUGUACAACAUUGUUUUUUUUUCUUUUUCUUACAAGUUGUUUGUUUAAAGACACCAUGUCAUUAACUUUCCUAAUUCCAAGAGCCGUCCGUGAUUUUAACCUAACCAGGUUUGCACCUUCCCUCCCUUCUUCCUCGUUGAAACAGCCGAGAGACAGAAAUCAAGGUCACUGUCACUAACAACAAGCAAAUGAAAGAUCUUAACUUGCCAGAGUUUGCAAUUAACUACCCUCCCCCGCUUUCUUUCUUGUAAGUGUAAAACUGAGUGAGGGAGGGACCAUUUUUUUUUUCUUCUUCUUCUUCUUCUUCUUCUUCUUCCCUUUAUUGAUUUAAUCUUUAAAGUUUAAAUUAAACAGAGCGAAACGAAACAAAAAGCCUGUGGGCCCCACUCCGCCAAUAGCCAGAGGAGGAGGCCGACGUGGACUCCCCGAGAUCUCAACACGUAGCCAUUGAUUACCUCUUACGGACGCACCAGAUCAGAGAGCGCUUCCUCCAUUAAUUCACUACUUCCCCGCGCUGUGACUCUCUCUGCCUCUGUCAGUCUAUCGGUAUUUGAAUGUUCAAAAUCCUCACUCUCUCUCUAAAAACAACUAAACCUCCGCACAGCACGCACACCCACGUCUCUCUCUCUCUCUCUCUCCUCGCCGGACGCCGCCGGUGGCCGAACUUCUCUUCACUUCUAUUACUCGCCGCCUGCCGAAAUCCAUUUCCCCGCUCUUGUUCUUCUCAACCUGUUUUCUUAUUCCGUCCCGUCCCGUGUUCUGAUCAAGAUCUGGAAACCGAAUCUUUCGCCUACGAGGGAGGGAGGGAGGGAGGUCGCUUGACAGUUGAGCUCCAAUCUAGGGUUUUGUUUGUCCUCGGAUCCUUUUUUUCCCCCGCCUACUGCGGUACAGAUUAGAUCUCCACAUUUCUAUAUCACCACCCAAAAAAAAAAAAAAAAAAAAAUCUCUCCCUCUAAAUUUGAAACGUCUUUGACGAAUGAGUGAGAAAUGGAGGCGUUCUGGCUCAGGAGCAGCUCUUCUCAGAGGCUGAGACAAGGAACAGGAAACGGGCAAGACCAGAUACAGAGGAACUUCUCGAAACCGGCCUCUGAUUCGACUUCUUGGAGCGGUGAUACCACGGAUGAAGAUUCGUUCAAACGUGAAUUUGGGUUGAGAUAUUCAAAACAGGCCGUUGGAACACCAAUAAAAAGGCUACUGGCUGAGGAAAUGACGAGGGAAACCGAAUCCAAGAAAAAGUCGCCUAGCGUCAUUGCUAGAUUAAUGGGCCUGGAGGGUAUGCCAUCUCAGCCUUUAUCUCACAGACAAGAGAGGAGAUCUUCAGACAACUGUAUGAAGGGAACAGUCCCAGCAGUGAAGCCGCAUCAGAGAAGUAACGCAUCAAGCAGCCGUGGGUCAUCGAGGAAAAGCUCGAGGGAGGAGCAAGAGUUUAAAGAUGUCUACGAAGUCCUAGAAUCAUCUAGAAAGGGGGUUCAAGGUUCGUCUUUGCUAGGGUCUGCAAACUAUAAGAUGACAGAAGCUGAGAUGGCAUUCAUCCAGCAGAAGUUCAUGGAUGCUAAACGCCUCUCUACUGAUGGCAAGCUUCAUGAUUCGAAGGAAUUCCAUGAUACAAUCGAGGAUCUGAACUCAAACCAGGAUCUUUUGCUGAGAUUUCUUGAGCAGCCAGAUUCAAUGUUCACAAAGCAUCUCCAUGAACUGCAUGGUUCCAGUCCUAGUUCUCAUUCUGGUGGGAAUGUCCUAGUCUGCAACACAGAGAAGGAAACCUCAAGGAAGAGUAUGAAGACACCAUAUGAAGAACGUCGUCGUGAGCAUUCUUGCUUGAAACAAGGUGGUCACCAACGUUCAGGCAAGACGGCUAAAGUGCAAAUUGAGGGGAAAGAAGAUUCCUCAGCUCUUCCUACGAGGAUUGUAGUCCUAAAACCAAACAUUGGGCAAGUGCAAAACUCCGCCAAACCAAUCUCACCAUCAACUCUUUCUUCUCAUGGUUUACUUUUCGAUUCCAGUCGGGAUGGUGAACAUCCUUCAACAACCAGCAGUAGGGAGUCUGUAAAGAAGAAGCUGUCUGACAAUGUCAGACCUUCUAGAUACAGAUCUGGAGAGCCUAGAGAUAUUGCAAAGGAAGUUACUAGGCAUGUAAGAAACAGUUUUACAAGCAAUUCCAAUGCUUUUCCAAAUUCUAGGAUCAGGGGAUAUGCAGGGGAUGAGAGUUCAUCCUGCUGGUCCGAGUAUGAGUCAGCAAAUGAAUUGGAUGUGACAGUGGUCCCUUCUAGGCAUUCAUUUGAAUUGGGCGGUCAUCGGUACAAGGGUUCACCAUCCCGGUCCAAUGAAUCAUCUGUUAGCAGAGAGGCGAGGAAGAGACUUUCAGAAAGGUGGAAGAUGACUCAUAAAUCUGUGGACAUGGGAGUAGUCAGUAGGAGCAGCAGCACAUUAGGUGAGAUGCUUGCAAUCACUGAUCGGAAUGUGGCGUCAGCUUCUAAAUCAGGUUCUAUUGACAAACUUAGCAGCGGCCAUGGAUCACCAAACUUGGGUGAACCUUUGGGUAUUAGUAGUAGAGAUGGGUGGAAGGAUCCAUUCAUUAAAAGCCUGCCAAGAUCAAAGUCAGUACCUACUUCACCUGCUGGUGGUAUUGGAAGUCCUCAACUUGCUUCACACCGAAGGACAGUUUAUGAUGACAGCUACAGGACAGUCAGAGAGUUGAGAUCCCGUUCAAGAAGCAAGAUGGCCAAAGGUAAUCUUGGUCAGGGAGAAGGUUUAUCUUCUAGAACUUCAAGAUCUCGAAGUAGGAAAUCCCGUACUCUUGUAUAUACUUACAGCGAUGAUGGAGACACUUCUUCCCCAGAGUCCUCUUUCGGUUACCACAAUUUCUUGCACAAGAGCAUGUCACAGGAGAAUCCAAAUGGACAAUGUCGAUUGGUUCAGGAGGCUUCAGCCAGGGAAUUAGGAGGGUUACUUCAUGAAACUAAAAGCAUGGCUGUGGAUAUGGAUAUGGUAAUCGACUGUUCUACAUCAACCAGUUCAGAGUUACCAGCUGAUACGAUGGUAAAGGCAGAGACUUCUCACAGGGAGCUGGAAGAAUGUAGUUCACAGGAACCAACUCCUUGGCUAGAAAAGUGCUCAACCUCUACAGCCAAACCGAUAACGGAACCAGAAUCGUCAGCAAGCUCCAAGGAGACUGAUCAACCCAGCCCUGUAUCAGUUCUUGAAACUCCCUUCCCAGAUGACUCAUCUUCUGGCUCUGAUUGCUUCGAGAGUUUAAGUGCUGAUCUCCAAGGACUUCGGUUGCAACUCAAGUUACUGAAAUUAGAGUCAGAAUCAUAUGACGAGGGCCCCAUGCUCGUCUCCAGCGAUGAUGAAGACUCAGCUCCACAUUCACACCACAGGCAAUUACUACUAUCAGCCGAAGAAUGCAAGGAACUUAGCUACACAUCAGUUGUGUUACGAAGCUCUGGCAUUGAUGAUACAGAUCCCAGCACUUUCGCAGGGACAAUGCACUCUUCAGACUGCCCUGUAAGCCUGUCGGUGUUCGAGGAACUCGAGAAGAAAUAUAGCAGCAGCCAUGUGAGCUGGCCGAGGUCCGAGAGGCGGCUGCUUUUCGACCGAAUAAACACUGCGCUCGUGGCGAUAAACUUGGAGUUCAACGAUCCACAACCCUGGGUGGGGGUUCAAACGAAGAUCAGCUUGAAAUGGGAUAAGAGUGGGCUGAAAGAUAGGGUUAACGAGGUGCUCGAGAUCCGAGGAGGCGAGAAAGGUAACAAGGUGGCUGAAGAUGAAGUGCUGUCAGGGGAGCUGCAGUGGCUGGAUUUAGGAGGCGAGAUCGAUGCGAUCGGGAGAGAGAUCGAGAGAGGUUUAUUGGAGAAUUUGGUGAUAGAGCUUGUUGGAGCAGUGUAGAAAUGUUGCAGAGAUAAAUAAACUGAGCGUUUCAUUUUUCAGAGAAGGGAACAAGAGGAAGUAGCCAAUUAAUGUCGUAUAUAGUGAAUUGGAGGAUGCUUGCAGGCCUGCGAAGCAAAUGAUGCAGAAACUCUGAAAUGUGGAUCCGGUUAGCUUCCUACCGAUAGGCGAUAGGUUAUGUCGCCCUGCUCAUAAACUCUGUUGUUGUAGUUAGCUAAUCACCCGAGUAUGGUAAAGUAGCUAUCUUCAGCCGAAAUUUGACGACGAAUGACUGAUAUUCCAGAAAUGACUACUCUCUCCGACCGUAUUGCUUCGUGGUAAUAUCGUUAAUCACCUGCAUUAUAGCACAAAACUCAUCCGUAGUAAGAGAAAAUGACACCCCAAAUCAACGAAAAACUGCUUCUGUUGGGUUCUUUAUACAAUUAUACCUGUCCUCGUAUUGAUUGAUUUGCUUUUAUACAUGUCGAUUUCUCCGGACUUACUUACUAAAGGGUUGUUAGUUGAUUGUUUUGAGUUCUUGUUAGCCAAGCUAGGAGUACAUAAUAUAUACUUGCCGGUUUAAGUAGGCAUGUGAAGCAAAACUACCUGCAAUAGAGUUGAUCAAGAUGAAGAGAGAGCACUCUGCAAGUUGCAGUGAAUAAGUGAAGAAGAUGAAGCUAGCAAACAAGAGGCUGGACCGGCCUUCGUUUAACCCAGUCCUAAUUAACCAAGCAAUGAAGCCAAUCAGAUUAA